GAAGUGUUCUAUGUGAUUUUUCUGCUUCACGUGACCCGCUGUAGCAUGGCUGAUUGCAGGUGCAAGAUUCCAAUAUAAUAUAUAAGCAAUAUAAGUUUGUCGGCUCUGUUUAGCAGAAAAUCAUCAGACGCGCCAUGGCAAGACUUUCGCCGACAGUAUGGGGGCUUAAGGCCCUCGGGUACCCGGGCAGUGCCUGCUUGGAGAGAUGCACAUGUGACGAGCUACCUUGCCCCCUUCUCACGUGGCUGGUCACAGAGCUCCGGGCCACGUGUUUAGAAAUGCAGGAUGGGGACAGACGAGAUUCGAGGGUGAAUACCGUCCUGGUGGGGGAGUUGAGGGAUGUCUUGACAAAGCUGCACUGUCCCUAUGCAAGCCUGACUACUGAGACCUUAAGCUCAGUACUUCUCAACAACCUCAUUGAGUUUUUGGUAACAGAACUUCUUGCAGUGAGAAUACUCCAGUUUAAAGAUACUCACCCAGAGGAACAGAAACAGGAUGAGAAUGAGAAAGAUCAGAGAGAGGAGCGGGGUAAAAACCUGGACCUUGAGGAGGGAGACCAAGAAGCUGAAGGUGGAAAAAAGAAUGAGAGAGAGUGUGAUGAGUUUGAAUACGAGUUUUCAGAGCUGAUAAAGGCUCUGGGUCUGGCUGCUUCCUCUCAGCUGAGUGAUGUAUACGCUCAGGUGGAGUCUCAUCUUGCGAUGUUACCAGAUGAUGUCCUGCCUGGGCCUCUUCUGAAAACGCCACUGAGUCCUGAGCAAUGGUCCAACAUCCAGAAGAUUAGUCAGGUCCUUAUUGGGGACUAUGAAUGUCGGAUGCAAAUGGUGAUCAAGCGCUUUGAGGUCACGAGACAGUCCUUCACCUGGGGAGAGAGGGGGCAGGAGCGUCUUGCAGCGGUUUCCAGCUUGCCGUUACCUCCCCCCCCUUCUGGAAGGUCCUGCAUCUCUUUGUCAUCCCUCCUGGCAGCCAGAGAGGACCAGUCAUUCAUCCUUCCAGUGAAAGCAGGACAUAGCACUGCCAUUCACAAGGUGCUGAUGGGGACAGUCCCAGACAGGGGAGGGCGCCCUGGAGAGAUCGAGCCCCCUAUGCCUAUCUGGGAGGGCCGUCGUGAAGGUGGAGGCCGGGGUGGGCAUCAGCGUCGCUGGACAAAAAGGAAGAAAAAGAAAUGAUGAAGCAGUGAAGAAUGUCAAUGAGUCGCACAUUGCUGACUGAGGCUAAUUGGGCAUAUGUUGCGAAAUGAGAAGAGAGAGGAUAUUGUGAUUGCAAGAAUCUAUCAAAAAGUACAAUCUUGAAUGUUUAUAUGCUCUGUGGUAGUGGAUCUGGAGUCAUUCUUAGGUUGACUAAGUUUGAAAAAUCUUUUUCCCGUUUGUCUAUAAAUUUAAUGAUUAUUAUGGCACCAAAGACUUUAAAUCAUGAAUGUAGCCCAUAUAGUGCGGUCCUUGGUGAAUCAUCACCCAGCUUCUACAUUUCAGAAUUGUGUGUGUCUGGGGAGAUUGAAAUAAACUAGAAUAUAUUUUGAAAUGCUUGUUUAUUUAACUUAGAUUAUAACUUUGCAAAAUUUUAUUGUAGUUAUACUCUACAUUUGUAGCAUCUAUUUUCAUUAUACAUUUGGUUGGAUUAUCAGUUGUACAGCCAUUGUUUUUUGAGAAUACAUUUUUAAAUGUAUGCAAA